AUAGGGUUUGCGUUCGCGAACAUAGAGUCUGCCAAUGAGUUCGAAGAGCAGAGAUCCAACUUCUUUGAAGACAAUGAGAGAUAUGAUGACUACUUAGAGAUGAGAGAAGGCCUGGACUUAGUCGGAGCUAAUUUUCAGGAAUACAUGGUAAUUAAACUGUUUGGCGAACACUAUAUGAGUUCGUGCAAUGAUUUGAGCCGUCUGUCGAGGGACACAACCAUUGACAGCAUUGAACUGACCAACAACUAUACGAUGGCUCCGAGCUAUUCAGAGGCUGUCCUUAGAACCGAUAAUAGCGUUAAUAUAGGAAAUGAGUUCAAUUCAAAUCAAUUAAAUGCCGACAAAUCUAAUGAUACAGUGAUUAACAGAACGGCUAAUAGAUUGAGAACAUCGUUGAGCCGAACGUCGUUAAGAAACGGACAAAUUGUAUAUUUUGUUUCACCAAUUAAUGGCGAUCUCCAAAACACAGUCAUCAGAAGGUUAUCAUUGAUCGACUCGGAAACGGUGGCCGACGUCGAGACGACCGACAAUCCGCCCACUUAUGAGGAGGUGCUCCUCGAGAGCCAUCCAUUGCCGCCACAAACGCAUCGCUUUAUAUUGAAUCCAAUGAGACGUUCGGUCACCGAUCGGGACUUUUUCAGACGUCUCUCCAAUCAUUUCCGUCGGCAGUGGAACAGCUAUAUUGACAUUCAUGUGAACGCAAAUGAGACACAGCUUUGACUCAAUUUCUAAAUAUUUAUAUCAAAAUUAUAGAUAAGAUCUCA